AUGGUGGACACAGAUUCUCCCCCAGCGGACACGGCUUCUGCUCAGAAAAGUAGGCAACUGGGAACGGAAGAUUCAGGUCAAUAUGACUUGUUGCGCACGGCUGUCCAUGCGGAAGGCGCUUAUGCGCCCAAUUCCUCCAGUCGGGAUGCGCCUGUCGUGCUGCCCUCUACACGAGAUGGGCUAUGUGUCCAGUUGGAACUUUACACGUUUUCAGAGGAAGACGGUGUCAGCUGCAUUUCCAGCUCAUGUUCACCUUCGUUGCUUACAAAGCGUGCAGAUGGCAAGGCACUUGACGUUUCUGGAAUGGAUGGUGCAGAGGGUUCUAAAGUGCUGUAUCCUCUAUGCUCGGCUUGCCUAGAGAGCGCCAUUGCUGAAAUGGAGCCAGCCUGCGCUCACGAAAGAUACCUCAUACGCAAGUAUGAGAGGGCUUUAAAAAGGCUGGAGCGGAGCCUCCAGGUGCGCCGUGAUGACGUCUACUCGUCUUCGUUUGACAGUGCAAGCACUAUGGCGGAACUACAGAAGUUAGAAGAAGAAGAAAAACAGCUCGAGGCAGAAAUAAUUUCUCUUGAAGCAUCCACGGCGGAGAAAGAAGAGCAGCAGCGGGCGGUCAUGGCAGAGUUGGUUGAGCUACAUAUGUGGCACGUGGAGUUCUGGUUGCUCUUUUCGAACCAUUUGCUGCGCAUGAUUCGUCAUGAGGAACGGAAGCGAGCCAUGGAGCGGCUCUUUGUCUACGUUGGCCGGGAGCUCCAGCGGCUGAAACGCAUCAACGUGGUGAACGAUGCCUUCCAUAUAUGGACCUGCAAAUUUUUGCCGUCCAUUAACAAGUGCAGAAUAGGGCGGAUCUCUUCUCCUUCUUGCCCCUCGUGGUCUGAGGUGAACACUGGCUGGGGCUAUCUCUGUAUGCUGCUAGACGUUUUCUACCGGAAAUGUCAUACUCAGCCAUCCAACUACCGACUAGUGGCGAGGGGGCAAUUUUCGUUCUUGAUUAGAAAGAAAGAUGGGGCCGUCCUCCCACUUCACGGUGGCGGUGGGGAAGUCGGGCUCAGCCGUUUCUUUUACAGCAAUAAAAGGUUCGACUCUGCGAUGACCGCAUUUUUAGAAUGCGUUAAAGAACUGUUCGACCAACUUGUUACUUCGGCGGAAGGACGGGGAAGACAGCAAGGUGUCGCGUCUUUAUUGCCUUUUCCAGAGCUUCCUUACGAAAUAGAUGGAGAUAGGGUGGGUGGUUUCAGUAUCCGCUUGCAGCUGAACCAGGAUGAGCGGUGGACGAAAGCCCUGAAGCUUCUUCUAAUAGAUAUGAAGUGGCUGCUGGAAUACAUAGAACGUGUAUGCUUGGUGGCGGGCUCUGCACCGUAA